GGGCCGCCGCACUUUAAGAGACGGUGCAGGCAGCGAGGCCUCCAGGCCGGCGAGGGGAUCCGCGCCAUGGAGGCCGCCCGGGACUAUGCAGGAGCCCUCAUCAGGCCCCUGACAUUUAUGGGAUCACAGACUAAGCGAGUCCUGCUCAGCCCGCUCACGCACCCAGCUCGCCCAUUCCGGGUCUCCAACCAUGACAGGAGCAGCCGGCGUGGGGUGAUGGCAAGCAGCCUGCAGGAGCUCAUCAGCAAGACUCUGGAUGCCCUGGUCAUCACCACUGGACUGGUCACUCUGGUGCUGGAGGAAGAUGGCACCGUGGUGGACACAGAAGAGUUCUUUCAGACCUUGGGAGACAACACGCAUUUCAUGAUCUUGGAGAAAGGACAGAAGUGGAUGCUGGGCAGCAAGCACAUCCCCACUUGCUCACCACCGAAGAGGUCGGGAAUAGCAAGAGUCACCUUCGACUUGUACAGGCUGAACCCCAAGGACUUCAUCGGCUGUCUUAACGUGAAGGCCACCAUGUAUGAGAUGUACUCCGUGUCCUACGACAUCCGGUGCACGGGACUCAAGGGCCUGCUGAGGAGCCUGCUGCGGUUCCUGUCCUACUCCGCCCAGGUGACGGGACAGUUUCUCGUCUAUAUGGGCACAUACAUGCUGCGGGAGCUGGAUGACAAGGAAGAGCGACCAUCCCUCAGGUCACAAGUCAAGGGCCGGUUCACGUGUGGAUAGGGAUGCAGGCUGUUGCGGGCUCUUGAGCCAAACACUGGGUUUCAUUUGGCUCAAUGAUGAGUGUUGAAGAUGUUUUUAUGUUCUGAGCCACAUGCACUUGUAGGCACUGGUCACGCCCGUCAGGAGCAGUGCCCGGGAAAGGAAAGGGUCUGGUGGUACAUGAAGUAGGGGCAGUGGGCAGGGUACCCUGGGGGGGAGGCGUGGAGGGCCCCGGGGGCCAUGGGAAGGGACCACGCAGCAGGCGUGCCCAGGAGCAGUGUGCAUGUGUCCGAGCCAUUUGGUCCGUCAUCUCCUGCAAUAAACCCAUCGCAAGAAUGACCUU